AUGAUGGGAGCGACCAAGGCUACCCUGCCUGCAUUGAACCUGACCACACCAGUGGCUUCUACAAGCUGCGGCAGCGCUCAAGGCGUCGCAGAGGCCAAGGAGGACCUUUCGAGACCCAGUGGGGUCAAAGACGGGGACCACCCAGCCUACUCACGAUCAUGCCCCUCGUGGAAGAAAGAGAAAGAAAUAAUAGGACUGAAGGUCAAAUUCAACCUAUCGUUCCAAGAGGCUCGCAAACGUUUCUCCCUCCACAACCAGUCUAGUCCCUCCUACGCCGAUGUGUCACGCCGGGGCGCCGCGCCACAUCUUCCAGCGCCCGCAAGAGUUACACGGAGUGUGACUGCGGUCGCGCCAUCAGCGCCCCCGGCUGGAGUAGCCUGUGCUGCUCCGUCACCUCCCAAAGAGGGCCAGCAGACUCCCGAGCCUGCCGGACCCAAGGCCGCUGCAAGCGCAGUCAGGCCCAAAGCCGCCGCGAACGUGCCUGCUGUGCAGGCACCAUCCACCACCUCUGAAGAGCAAGGCUUUCUGCCGCCGCAGCAGCAGCAGUAUGGGCCACCCUGGUAG